AUGAAUAUUACAUCUAUCAAUAUCAGAGGGUGUGGUACUGCCAUUAAAAGGAAAAGAGUAAGAUAUCUGGUGGAGAAAGGGAAGGUUUAUCUAAUUUUCAUUCAGGAAACAAAAACUCAAAAAAUGUCUAAAGCAAUUGUUAGAAACAUGUGGGAACCAAUUGAUGUAUCUUGGUCUGCUUUAGAUGCAUGCGGACACUCAGGGGGAAUAAUUACUAUAUGGAAACAUGGCAUUAUAGAUUCAAUAUUAAGUUUCAGAGAGAAUGGCUUCAUAGGAAUAGAAGCUAUCCACAAAUGUAAUACCAUCUUCUUUUUGAACAUUUACUCCUCUUGCCAGCUGGUUGAAAAAAGAAGAACGUGGACUAAAAUCGUUGAAUGGAAGAAUAGGUUAGAGGUUGGUGAGUGGAUUAUUGGGGGGGAUUUCAACUCAGUCAAACAUAGGAAUGAGAGAAUAAGAUGUAGUGUUAGAAGUUACAGGUAUGAAAUUGAAGAUUUUGUUUUCUUCAUUGAUUUAAUGGAAGUGGUUGACCUCCCAAUUGUUGGGAAUUAG